GGCGCGGGCCCGCAGCCGCCCCCUCCCCGCUGCCCGCCAUGAGCGGCUCUUUCGAUAAGAAGCUCUCCAGCAUCCUGACGGACCUCUCGGGCUCGCUGAGCUGCCAUGCAGCCUCCAAGGACUCUCCCACCCUGCCCGAGUCCUCGGUCACCGACCUGGGCUACUACACGGGCCAGCACGACUUCUCCGGCCAGUCGUACGGGCAGCCCGUGGGCCACUACCCCUACCCGCAGUUCAACCUCAACGGCAUCGGGGCCGCGGGCACCUACUCGCCCAAAUCCGAGUAUUCCUACAGCCCCUCGUACCGCCAGUACGGGCACUUCAGGGAGCAGCAGCUCCCGGCGCAGGAGGCAGUGUCCGUGAAGGAGGAGCCGGAGCCCGAGGUGCGGAUGGUCAACGGGAAGCCCAAGAAGAUCCGCAAGCCCCGCACCAUCUACUCCAGCUACCAGCUGGCCGCCCUGCAGCGCCGCUUCCAGAAGGCGCAGUACCUGGCACUGCCCGAGCGCGCCGAGCUGGCGGCACAGCUGGGGCUCACCCAGACCCAGGUGAAGAUCUGGUUCCAGAACCGGCGCUCCAAGUUCAAGAAGCUCUACAAGAACGGCGAGGUGCCCCUGGAGCACAGCCCCAACAACAGCGACUCCAUGGCCUGCAACUCCCCUCCGUCGCCGGUGUGGGACAGCCCCGGCGCCGCCCGGACCCCGCUGCCGCAGCCGCUGCCCUACAGCUCCUCCCCGGCCUUCCUGGAUGAGCACAACCCCUGGUACCACCCCCAGAGCCUCAGCGGCCCCCACGGACCCCCGCAGGCCCAGGCGGCGCCCCCGAUGCACCACCCGUCCCCCGGGCCCCCCAGCACGGGCGCCGUGUACUGACCGCGGGCGCAGAGACGCUGCACAACUCCUUGGCCUCCUUUUUUUUGAUCCCCCUCAUCCCCGUGGUUUGGUUUUUGUCUCCUGAUUUGUCCUGAAAAAAAACACCAAAAAAAACCCCCCAAAAAAACAGCCACAAACCAAAGGAGAAGCACCCCUAGAAAUGCUCCGCUCAUCAUCUCAGGACCCAAAGCUGCAAAGCCUCCGCUGCCGGCGCAGGAAAAUCCUUCAAGACUUUUGAAUUUCUGAAUUUUUCCAUCACCUCCUUCUCCACUCCUCGCCGGAGCUUUGCCUGUCGCGGUGACCCCGCCGGGCCGGAGGAGCCGUGUCACCACUGUCGCGACAGAGCCACAGGGGCGUGUCUGUGGCCAGCGGAGCGGGAGCUGCUUGGCCCCAGCUCCGGAAUCGCUUUUGGGGCUCACGGACCCCCCCACCCCAGCCGGAAUCACCCGGGACCGUGCUCAGACCAGAAGGUGGUGAUUUAAAAUUAAAUAAAAAAAUUGUGUAGCGGGUGUGUGUGUGGGGGGGGGUGUGGGGAGGGAAAUAUUUUAAUAUUUAAGCAGUUCAGGAAUGGGUUUAAGUUAUUGUUCGAAGAGAAAAACUCGUGUUCGUCUCCGUUUUCUGGCUGUGCCUCUGGCUGUGGGUAAAGGAACGGCGAAAAUGCCUCUUUUUUUAAGGAAAUCGACGACUUAUUUUAAAGGAAAAAAAAUAACCGAGCUCUUUCCUAUUUUUUAAGAGAAUAACGCUAUUUUUUUAAGCAGAAAGUGCCGUUUUAAGGAGUGUUCAUAGUGUUGUACAGUCCCGGGGAUUUAUUUAUGUUGCCUUCUAUAAAUAGGGGUGUUUUGGGGGGAAAAAAAGGGAGUGUACAUAAGGUUCGUUUGUAUAAAGUUGUUCCAAACCAAA